GAGACGACACAAACAAGUCAAUAUUGUGUUGCACUCAUCUCCAACUGCCAUACGCCACCGUCGUUUCAAAAACAGAAUACCGGACAGAUCGCAAGAUCAAGUUGACGCAAAACAGCAAGUAGGCUUGAUUUGCAAUUUCCAUCAAGGAAAGAACACCACUGGUGUUUAUCAGACGAUCGCCAAAUCCACAAUGUUGAGCUCAAUCACCACCAUUGCACGCCGAUCCACUCUCGCAGCAUCCCAGAAAGCAACUGUCCCGCUUUUGAAUUCAUUGGCGAAUCGGUCUUUUUCAGGGCCACGAAAGGCUUCCUCCGAACGAGUUCCCGACGAGGACUAUUACGAUGGACAUUUGAUGACGGAUCAUCUCGAAUACUUAGAUGAUAUGCUCGAUAACGCCCUCAAAAUGGAAACAUCCAUGGAAGAUUUGAAAGGAACUUAUGCAAAGAAGCGCCACGCGUUUGAAAAUGUAGGAUGGAUGAACAGGGCCGAAAUCGACCUUCUCUUUGACGAAGCCGCCAUGCACAAAGAAAAAAUCUCCAACCAAAUCUCCGACCUGAAGAGACUAGUACGAGAAGCCCGUCAGACGCUAGCCGUGGAUUCGCCAGAGGGUAUUCCUGAUGGAGAGGUCAAGGACAACAUUGCCGAGGUGAAUAGAUUAAUUCAGGCGGCAGCUAACCAUGAAGACACUGCAGAAAUUCUUGCUGCUCAACGAAUUGUUGCUGUCGAUGGACCCGAUGGGAACCCUGACGGCUCUACAGGAGAAGAUUUGCGCGAGAUUGAUCGACUCAUUGAUCAUGCUGCCACACAUGAAGACGCCCGCUCAAUUGAAGUCGGGCACCAAAUGGGAGCUGAUCAGUCUGCUUUUGCUGUAGAUGCUCCAGAUGGAUUGCCGGAUGGUUCGACGAGGGAAGACCUUUACGUUACGGAGCAAUUUGUUGCGGAUGCAGCCAAAAUGGAAGAUGCAAACACAAUUAAAUUGCAACACAAGAUGGAGGAUGCCGUGCGGAAUGACCGGGCGCGCGAUGCUGAGCACGAUUGGUAGUACAAUGUCCAAUGGACGAAUACACAAAACAUUCUACUUUGCGAAAUAUGUAUUCUGUAACACUUCUUAUUUUCUA